AUGAUGUCGGUUGAAGGAUCUACGAUAACAAGCAGGAUAAAAAACCUGCUUCGCUCCCCAUCCAUUAAACUGAGGAGGAGCAAGCCUAGAAGCAAGCGAGAGGACAUCAGCAGUAAGGUGACCUUGGAGAAAGUGUUAGGAAUAACUGUGUCGGGAGGCAGAGGAUUAGCCUGCGACCCCAGGACCGGCCUUGUCGCGUAUCCAGCAGGGUGUGUCGUCGUGCUCUUCAACCCUAGGAAAAAUAAGCAACACCAUAUUCUAAACAGCUCCAGGAAGACGAUUACAGCUCUUGCUUUCUCCCCUGAUGGAAAGUACCUGGUUACUGGAGAGAGUGGGCACAUGCCAGCCGUUCGGGUGUGGGAUGUGGCUGAACGGACCCAGGUGGCUGAGCUCCAAGAACACAAGUAUGGCGUGGCCUGUGUGGCAUUCUCCCCCAGCUCCAAGUACAUUGUCUCAGUGGGGUACCAGCACGACAUGAUUGUCAACGUGUGGUCAUGGAAGAAAAACAUUGUGGUGGCGGCCAACAAGGUGUCCAGCAAAGUGACAGCAGUGUCAUUUUCAGAGGACUGCAGUUACUUCGUCACAGCUGGCAACCGCCACAUCAAGUUCUGGUACCUGGAUGACAGCAAAACCUCCAAGGUGAAUGCCACAGUCCCCUUGCUAGGGCGCUCCGGUUUGCUGGGGGAGCUGAGAAACAACUUCUUCACGGAUGUGGCCUGCGGAAGGGGUAAAAAAGCAGACAGCACUUUCUGCAUCACCUCCUCCGGCCUCCUCUGUGAAUUCAAUGAAAAGAGGCUGCUCGACAAGUGGGUGGAGCUGAGGAACACAGACAGCUUCACAACUACUGUGGCGAACUGCAUCUCUGUGAACCAUGACUACAUCUUCUGUGGCUGCGCUGAUGGCACGGUGCGGAUUUUUAAUCCUUUGAACCUUCACUUCGUCACUACGUUGCCGAAGCCGCACUUCUUGGGAAUGGACGUUGCCAGCGUCACUGAAGCCAGCCGUCUCUUCUCUGGUAUGGUGGAUGCCAAGUAUCCAGAUACAAUUGCCUUGACCUUCGACCCUACCAACCAGUGGCUAUCGUGCGUUUACAAUGACCACAGCCUGUAUGUGUGGGAUGUCAAGGACCCGAAGAAAGUGGGCAAGGUUUACUCUGCCUUAUACCACUCUUCCUGCGUGUGGAGUGUUGAGGUGUAUCCUGAAGUGAAGGACAGCAAUCAGUCUUGCCUGCCCCCAAGUUCAUUCAUCACCUGCUCUUCUGAUAACACCAUCCGUCUGUGGAAUACAGAGAGUUCCAACAUCCAUGGCACAGCUCUGCACCGGAACAUCCUCAGCAAUGACCUGAUGAAAAUUAUCUAUGUGGAUGACAACACUCAGGCCCUGCUGGACACUGAUUACAAUUCUGGCGGGAGCGCAGACAAGGCUGACAUCCAGGCCUUGGACACGAAGGUGGGGAUUCGCACACUGUGUGUGAGCCCCAAUGGAGAGCACCUGGCCUCGGGCGACAGGAUAGGCACUCUCAGGAUCCAUGAGUUGCAGUCCCUAAGGGAAAUGCUGAAGGUGGAAGCCCAUGACUCUGAGAUCCUCUGCCUGGAGUACUCCAAAUCUGACACAGGGUUGAAGCUCCUGGCAUCAGCCAGUCGGGACAGACUGAUCCACGUCUUGGAUGCUGGGAAGGAGUACAGCCUGCAGCAGACACUAGAUGAGCAUUCAUCUUCCAUCACAGCUGUGAAGUUUGCAGCCAACGAUGGGAAGGUGCGAAUGAUCAGCUGUGGAGCGGAUAAGAGUGUCUAUUUCCGCACUGCCCAGAAGAUGGGCGAAGGGGUCCGGUUUACCCGGACACACCACGUCGUUAGGAAGACCACUUUGUAUGACAUGGAUGUUGACCCCAGCUGGAAAUAUGCUGCUAUUGGCUGUCAAGACCGUAACAUCAGGAUUUUCAACAUAAGCAGUGGGAAGCAGAAGAAGCUGUACAAGGGAUCCCAAGGUGAAGAUGGCACCCUCAUUAAAGUGCAGACUGAUCCCUCGGGUCUCUACAUUGCAACUAGCUGCUCUGACAAGAACCUCUCCAUCUUUGAUUUCUACUCUGGCGAGUGUGUGGCCACAAUGUAUGGGCACUCAGAGAUUGUAACUGGGAUGAAGUUCAGUAACGACUGCAAACACCUGAUCUCUGUCUCUGGUGACAGCUGUAUCUUCAUUUGGCGCCUGAGUUCUGAGAUGACCAUCAGCAUGCGACAGCGGCUAGCUGACAUGAAGCAAAGAGGGAAGCAGGUGGAGAAAUCACCGCCACACAAGACAGCUGGACUUAUCAGGCACGAAUCCACCUCUGUCCUAUCGCCAGUGCCAGUGCUUUCAUCAGACAGCGACAAAGAUGGUGAAGAUGAAGGAAAUGAUGAAGACGAGUUAAAUGGGCUACAGUCUUUCCAAAUUCAAUCCAGCUGCAACCCUGAGAGAGACUCAGAUCCAGACCUUUCCCUCUCAAGAAGCCUCUCCCAUUGGGAAAUGAGGAGGGCGAAAGAGAUUGCAGAGAUCCAACGUUCAGAGACUGCAAUGAACAAGAUUCCCCGGCAGCGGGGCCGUUGGUCCCAGCCAACCAGUAACAUAGAGUUGACGGUUAAAUCCAUGCUGGACUUGCGCCAGCUGGAGUCUUUCUCAGUCUCUCGAUCCCCCAGUCGAGACUCGCUGUCCCAGACCAGCAAUGGGGAUGACAGAGAAGAGCAUGCUGAUCUCUCUCUGCACGUCAACAAGGUUGGAGACUCCAUAGCUCCUCAGGACAGCCGGCCUUGCGUCCGACCCCAAAUGAUUCGGCUUGUGUCCUGUGAAGAGGGGGUUUUCACUCAGGAACUGGAGCCCUUUGAGAGUGAGGAAUGUGUAAUCUACCCUGAACAAGAUGAGAUCCACCCCACCGACAGUAGCAGUGAGUUCCAGGUAAAAGCUCUGCCCCACGGGAAGCUAGUUAGAGGUUACCACAGCAACGGAUGCCCUGAUAAGCACAGUCCUGACAGUGCUUGCUCUGUAGAUUACAGUAGCAGUCGCCUCUCCAGCCCAGAUCAUCCAAAUGAAGAUUCUGAGAGCACAGAACCCCUCAGUGUGGAUGGUGUCUCAGACCUGGAGGAACAGGUGGAUGGGGAGGACGAGGAGGAUGCAGGCACUAGCAUGCUGGAGGGAGAGGUCCCCAAGACUCCAGAUCAGGAGAAGUUCCUCAAGCAGCAUUUUGAGACUCUGGUCAAUGGUGGUGAAAAAGGUGGAUCAUGUAGGACCCUGGAGAGAACUGAAAAUAUCAGCAUUUCUUCUCGCUUUCUCUCCCAGUCCCCAGCUCUCAGGCGUUUGUCACGCUCCUCAUCAAAUCUGAUACUGGAUCAAAAGCCCAUUGAGGCUUCAGCCCAGUCAAAGCAGGUUUCUGUCAACCUGCUGAAAAAUGGGAACAGCCAUUGUAAUGCUGCCUUGGAGAAUGACAGCCUUCUGGAUGGUGUAAAUUCCUACCGGUCCAUUUACACCCAAAGAAAACGGAAGUCAGCAGUGGAGACCAAUAGGCUUGCAGUGGGACCUGGAAGAGUUAUUGCACCCUUUCCAGAGGGUACUGGGAAUGCGGGGAUGAGGAAGUCCCAGUCAGUUCAUGACCUCCUUCACGACGAUAAGAGUCCAGGAAUGAUAUCCUCUACCAAGCAGCGUCCUCAGACACUAGUGGUGGUUGAGAAGGAUCCAAAACCUAAUCAUUGCAGGCCAUUGUCUGCAAGCCUGCUGAAGAUGGAUGGGUCCAGCUCCCUGCUGGUCAAAGACAGUAAGGUUGUAAAAUCAAAGUCCUACAUGAAUCCCACAACCAGCUUCAUGGCCAAGAUGUCACGCAGCAUCUCUGUAGGGGAAAAUCUAUGCCUUGGUGACUCUGUUGAAACACUGACUGAGGAGAGGACCAGCCCACAGGGGCCUGAGAAGACACAGAUAACUCCCCCAGCGGAGACUGAGAAGAACAAGCCACCUACAAAAGAAAAUGUCCCAGGGAAGCCAGCCCUUCAGCAAGUUGUAAGCUGCUCAUCACCCAAGUCCUUCCACAGCAAGUUGGCAUCAUCAAACCGGGCACACUUGAUCCUUGACAUCCCCAAACCAUUGCCUGACAGACCCACCUUAGCUUCUUUCUCACCCACCGCCAAAUCAAAAACCCCACUCGAACCGGAGUCUCCUCAGUCACCUGCUGGGGUCUGUAAAAAGAAAUCUUCUCUUUCUGAGGGACGGGCCUUCAAGAGGGAGAGCCCAGCUGCUGUGUCUGUCGGACCUGCUAAAGAGAGCCCAGUGGAGAAUCCAGCACUGAGGAUAGAUUGCCAGGAUGAACCAGGGGUCACUAAUCCAAAACUGAAAGAGUUUUCAGAAGGCUUGCACCCAAGGGCUCCUGAAAGCACAGUGCCCAGAUGCAGAGAGAGGUUCUCCAGCAUUGGCUGUGUGCUAGACAACCCACUUGGACUUUGUCCACUAGACCCCAUCAGGCCAAGGUCUCCCACAACAGUGGCUGCCUCGGCACAGAACUCAGGUGUGCAUGGAUACCCAUCUCUAAUCUUCUUACCCCUUCUGUCUCCUGUCUUUGUGAACCGCUUCACGAUUCCAUCACAUUUCUUUACGUCCAGCUUCUGGCCUGUCUCGUCUUGUCUGCACCUGUCUCGUUCCAUAAGUCACCCCCUCAAUGAACGUCGCAUCAGUGUUGAGCAGUGUGAACAUGUUGUAUCUGAGCUCCAGGAUAGCAUGCGCAAGGCCAUUCACCUUUACCACAUGGUAUCAAUGGACAUGGAGUCUUCUACUGACAAAGAUAAGAUUGCUGGCCUCCUAACGGAAACGUUCUCCGUGAUGAAGAAAGAACUGGACUCCCUGAAGGAAGGAGAAGAGCUCCAAAGGGCCAAGAAGGUGCUGGUGAAGCCACAAGAUGCCAUUAGGUCGCUGAAUGAGGGAAGUAUUGCCACCCUGUCCAGUCCUAGGCGUUUUGGGGAUGAGCAGACUCUGGCUUUGCUGGAACAGUACUCGGAGCUGUUACUACAAGCUGUGGAACGGCGGAUGGACAAAAAACUGUAA